AUGACCCGACCCUCGGGAAGGCGUGCACUUUCCGAGCUGCUUUUGUUGGUGGUCUUGGCCUGCGCGUGGCACUUUCAAGAUUCAUUUGUAGCGCCGAAGAUCCCCAACUUGGAAAGGCCAGAGCGCCAGCUUCGAAUCACACGAUUUGCUGACAGUGCUGCCGAGGAUUCUGUUGAGAUUUCGGGUUUCUCUGGCUUUGUUGUCGGCCUGGCGUUCCUACCGCACACCUGCUAUGCCCUCUUCACUGCUUUCAAUGUGGUGAGGGGUGAAAGCUUUCAAUUUGGUCCUUAUGGUCUGGAGCUCCUCUCGUGCUUGGUCUCCAUUGGCUUGGUACUGUGGUCCUUGGGAAGCUUCUUGCAGCGUGGUCGGGGCUUGCCAGCAGGACCAUUGGGCCUGUUGGGCCUCUCAGAAGGCAUCUCGUACUUGGCAGCCCUCGGUCUUGUUUUGGCGACAAUUGCAUCCGGGAUCCGCUCAGGACCAUCCUUGCAGCUCAGCUUGCCACCUGCACCACAGAUCAGCAUGCCUUCCAUGCCGCAGGGCCUGACCGGCUCCGUUCCUUCACUUCCAGCGCUUAAGGUCCCUGACGUCAAAAUCCCUGAGUUCAAGGUACCUGACGUCAAAGUGCCAGACGUGAAAAUGCCUAAGAUGCCUGACAUCAAGGCGCCUGAUGUCAAAAUGCCCGAGGUGAAGGUUCCGGCGCCAAAGGCCAAACCUCCCGAGGAGAAGAAGGAGGAACCACCCGCGCCAAAGGUCGGAGCACAGAGUCAAGAAGACUUUUCCAAAUUGUUUGACUGA